UUGCGGCAUGAGAGAGAGAGAGAGAGAGAGAGAGAGGGGGGUUCGCGGCGAGAGUAACGGGCUUUUAUAGUGGAAAUCUUGGUGGAGAGUAGGCAAAAUCAGCCAAUAUCCACUGAUCAAAAUCAAAUCAGAUCUUUCGCCAUUUUCUCUAGUUAUGAAGUGUACCUGACUACUACUAUAAGUUAGUUGAUCUUUAACGAAUAACAAAUCGUUUUUAUUCCGUAGAUCCGGUCGCGUCCCUUAACGAUGCCGUAAAGUCACAGUCCACAUCCCCCCCACAUUGUUUCAACCUUGCGCUUUUCGGCUCUCAAACUCCUUAAAUCUCUCUGAAAUAUAGUGAAUUUCAAUUCAAACUCUAUAAGCUUUUUUUGAUCUUCUUUUGAUUUUGAUUUCCGGAAACAACAGACGAUCCUCUUUUUUUCCCAGAGGAAUUGAAGUGCCGUGUAUUGUGAUUGCGCCAUGGGGAGACUGCUCAGACUCUGCUCGUCUCUUCUCUUUGUAAUGCUGUUGUUGCUUCUCGCAGAUUUACAUUUCGUCGUCUCUGCAGAUCCACCGCAGAUCUCACCAAGCCCUGCCCCUGAAAGCGGAGGAUCCAACUCUCCUUCUCCCUCUCCCUCUCCCUCUCCUAAAUCCGGUGCUCCAGCGCCCGGACCCUCUUCUGACUUCUACUCCCCUCCGCCGCCUCCACAGUCUGAUCUGGCACCUACUCCUUCUCCAGCACCAGCACCAGCACCGUCUCCUGUAACAUCUCCCUCACCGUCUCCAUCGGAUGAUGCCAGCGACAUCAAUCACGGCUCCAAAGGCACCGCCGGCGAAGAUACUGCCGAUUCCGAAGGCUCUUCUUCGGACGAAGGACUGAAAGGUGGACAGAAGGCCGGUAUCGCCAUUGGUGUCAUUGCCAGCGCUUGCAUCUUCGUCUUGUUCGGUGUCAUUUACAAGAAGCGUCAAGAUAAUAUCCGCCGGUCACAGUAUAGUUACACCGCCAGGAGAGAGCUUCUCUGACUCCUCCAUCAUGUUACUUUAGAAACUAAAUUGCUUCGUUACUAUUUCUUCCUCAUUGAUUUAGAAUUCAAUUUGUACCCAAAAAAUAAAAGAUUUAGAAUUCAAAUUUUUUUUCUUCGUUGAGAUUGGACAAAUUUAUUUCUUUUUAUUUUCUUCCUUUAUUAGGGAAUCCCAAAAAGUGAAAAUUUUUCACUCACGUUAUGGACGACCUGACACUUCAUGGUGGUGAAAUAUAUUUAAUGUAGUUUUGCUGUA